CUUGUCCCCGUCAACUCCAUCUUUCCAUUCCCUGCCGUCGCUGGUGCAGAGACACCGCGCGAAGUCCCCGGUUUCUCCCGUGGCAUUUCCGAUGACAGCGGCGGGGCUCCAUUCCCCGAGCUGUCGGAGUCACGCAGGAAGCAAAGUUUGUCGGAAGCCUUGGGGGUGGCUUCGUCUCGGGGCCCCGCAUUCGUGCGUCCGCGGGGAGCCUCGGGGUGCUCGAGCUAGUUUCCCAGUUUCGCGGGCAGUGGGUGCGGGCUCCGGAGCCCCUCCCUUCUCGAGCCCCUACAGCGAUUUGUUUAGGAAAAGUGAUGACAUGAACUAGUAGUGGUGAAUCGCAGGCGCCUGUUCUCCGCCCUGGAGAGGGCGGGGAGCCCCGGAGAGCCGGUCGGUGAGAGCUGGGAGCAAGCUCCCCGGCUCGACUCGGCACCCCAACCCAAAGGCAGGAUCUGGGGGCAAGGCGCGGGGUGGGGGAGAGGAGCUCGGAGCUGCAUGAAUGCUGCCCUGUGGCCGCCCAGAUGAGGGAACAGCCCUAUCUGCCUGGCUCUGAGUCUCCAGGCGGUGGUGGUUGUGGAAUGCAGACGCCAGGACAUGAUGGAAACAGGACUUGAAGACCCUUCCAGAAUGCCAGAGGAAAGUUCUCCCAGGCGGACCCCGCAGAGCGUUCCGUACCAGGACCUCCCCCACCUAGUCAAUGCCGACGGACAGUACCUCUUCUGCAGGUACUGGAAACCCACGGGCACGCCCAAGGCCCUCGUCUUUGUGUCUCAUGGAGCUGGAGAGCACUGUGGCCGCUAUGAAGAGCUGGCUCAGAUGCUGAUUGGACUGGAUCUGCUGGUGUUCGCCCAUGACCACGUUGGACAUGGACAGAGCGAAGGGGAGAGGAUGGUAGUGUCUGACUUCCAUGUUUUCAUCAGGGAUGUAUUGCAGCAUGUGGAUGUCAUGCAGAAGGACUACCCUGGCCUUCCCAUCUUCCUUCUGGGCCACUCCAUGGGAGGCGCCAUCGCCAUCCUCACAGCUGCAGAGAGGCCGGGCCACUUCUCUGGCAUGGUCCUGAUUUCACCUCUGGUUCUUGCCAGUCCUGAAUCUGCAACAACUUUCAAGGUCCUUGCUGCAAAAGUGCUCAACCUUGUCCUGCCAAACUUGUCCCUGGGGCCCAUCGACUCCAACGUGCUCUCUCGGAACAAGACAGAGGUUGACCUUUAUAACUCUGACCCCCUCAUCUGCCGGGCCGGGUUGAAGGUGUGCUUCGGCAUCCAGCUGCUCAAUGCCGUCUCACGGGUGGAGCGAGCCCUGCCCAAGCUGACCUUGCCCUUCCUGCUGCUCCAGGGCUCUGCUGACCGCCUGUGUGACAGCAAAGGGGCCUACCUGCUCAUGGAGUCAGCCAAGAGUCAGGACAAGACACUCAAGAUUUACGAAGGUGCCUACCAUGUUCUCCACAAAGAGCUUCCUGAAGUCACCAACUCUGUCUUCCACGAAAUAAACAUGUGGGUCUCUCAAAGGACAGCCGCGACAGGAACUGGGUCCCCGCCCUGAAUACACUGGUCGGGUGUCAGGCUCACAGUCUGGGGGAAGCAGGCAGAGGAAGGGGAGAGACGGCCUCUCAGAUGUGGCUUGCAAAAAAAAAAAAAUCAGAAAUUGGAGGAAUCCCUAGCACAAUUUACUUUAGUAAAACAAAACAACACACACACCACAAAGACAUUUUGUGAUAUAUUAGGCUAUCGGCCACUAGAUCUACCUUAAAGGGGUAGAUAUGUUAAGCAAAAAAGAAAAAAAAAAGGAAAAGGGUUACAGGCAAUUUUCCACAGAGGAAAUGUGCUGGAGCGUCCUUUUUUUAAAAGAGAAAAGCCAAGCCUCUACCCCACCUCUUCCAGCUCCCACAAGGUUCCCAGGGAUUCCUGGUGUUCCUGGGACACCAGACUGCAAUAAUUGGGGGUCUCCCUGCUUCCCAGCCCCUCGCUCUCGCCCCAGUACCCCCUCUGACCAGCCUCACCUUGCUGGCCUUCCUCUCAGUGUGUGAUGAGGUGGCUGGUGUCUCCGUGGAGGCCAGCUCCCCUGGGCAGAACAAACGUGCCCCUCCAAGGCCCAGAGAUGCCUGGCACUUCCGCGAGAUGAGCAGGUCCCCAGGCCUCUGUCAGCUCCUUUUCGGCCUGAGGCCGGAUUUUGCAGAGGGAGGGGAGUGAGGCUUGGUCCAGAAAUACAGCUAAGCAGGAAGUGGAGGCUCCUCUCCUCCCCCCAUCCUGCAGGGAGAGGCUUAGGUUGCCCACUGUGUGCCCUGUAUAUUCAAAGAGGCUGCCUUUCCUUGAGUUACUAAUUUUACCUGAUGCUAUUAGAGGAGAAUUGUAUUGAAGAUGAAAUGUCUAAUAUAUAAUGUAUAUUCUAAAACAGAGACUAUUUUGGUGAGUGGGUGAGCUAUCGUGCAGGGAUGGACAGGCUAGGCAGAGGGUCCUGUGCUUCGGGAACUGAGCCGGCAGCCCCGGAGAGGGGACCAGGCCUAGGGCCCCUCUUGCUGCUCCAGGUCACAGAGCCGCCGCAGCCUGCAGGACCGUGGUCCGAGGCCUGUCUGUGGCCAGAGCCACCCGGGGAGCCUCAGUGCUGGCAGCACAGCUACCUCUGGUGGCAGGAGAAGAGAGCCCAGCACAGUGGCAAUCCAGGCCUCCCUACCUGAGGCCGCACAGAGCCUUCGGCGACGAUAGGGCCGGUUAGGCCAGGCCUCACCCAAGGCCAAGGCUGGUGUCAGCCAACCUUCCCCAGUGGAGGCCCUGAGUCUGAACUGCCCUUCCUAGUGCCAACCCUGCCCUGGCCCAGCCUUGGCCCCAUUUGGCACCAGCAAUAAAUGGGGAUCACCGUCCGCUUUGGGAAGGCUUUCACCUUCAAAAUGGGACCUGUUACCUCAAGAGGCUUAUUAGUGCAAAUAUGACCUUGGGUUGGGGGGUGUUGUCAUCACUGAAGCCCCACUGAAGGUGCAAUUCAGGGCCCCAGAAUCUAGGAGUCGGGGACCCUUCUUGUAGCAGCAGGAACUGCUGCCCCUCACGCAAGCCCUGUUCUUCUUGAGGCUCAUUCUGCGUCGCCAGCGAGGUGAGCCCCUCUACCCUCCCUCCAGUGACCCUGACCACACUAUGGCAGAGUCAAGAACUGGUCAAGCUGGCUCUGCUGGAGCUCACUCUGUGCCCCAGGGGCCAGGGCAGAAAAAGCCACGCCCACACCCCAUUACAGGGCAGGUGGAGGCCCAGGUGCUGACCAACCCCAGGUCCUCAAAAAAGAGCACCUUCCAUAGGCCCAUCUUAUCUCUCUGGGAGAAAAAAUUUUUUAAAAUGCACUGACAGAGUAGUUCAUCUCUCUCUGCUCAGCGAGCCCCGGCCAGCCGGGCAGUCGAGGGGAUGGCUCUGCUUCUCACUAAGGAAAAGCAGAAACCCCAUCCAAAGACUGAGUGAUGCCGCUUGGCCAGAUCUGCAGUUCUCACCAGGAGCUGAGAUAGUGCAGGUCGCAAAAAGUCCACACACCUCUCGUCCCCGCUGCCUCCCCAGAAGCAUACGGUGGCAAUGCCAUUUCCCAAAUGAACAUCAGGUACGUGGACUGACCAAGGAUUCUUUUGGAUGCGUGAAUUUAUGUACACGAAAGCGCUUCCAGAGACAUAUAGAUUCGGUGGCAUUUACACGCCUGGUUAAAGAAUCACCAAUAUUAAAAUGAAAGAAAUUAUCUGAGAUUGGGGCUGCCUCAUGUAAUCUGGAAGAGGGAACAGGGGAUGUCAACAUGCUACCUUCUGAAUCAGGAGCCAGCACAGGGCCCUGCACAUGAGCUGUGCCUAACUUCUCACGCAGGGUCACUCCAGAGCUGUUGGGACCCCAGCUGUGCGAGCCUUGAACUGAAUUCCUUCUCGAUAUUGAUGGCUCCGUGCUGGCAUUCUGAGCUUCAGAGAGUCAUGCCAUCCCAAGGGUGUAGAGGAACGUUGGCUUGGAAGAAGAACGUAGGCUACCCACGGCUUGGUCUUAAGAAGGGAGGGGAAGGCGAAGGCCAGGGAGGGGGGCCCAGAGACACAGCUGGUUCAAACCCUGCCUGGGACACUAGGCCCAAGCACUGAUGGGAACACAGCCCCUUCCCUGGCAACUCAGAGGUGAUGCCAGUCCCUACAGAAAUAGGUUUCAUGCCUGAGAAUCUCUUUAGAAAAAGAUGUCGCCUGCAGCCAGUGGGGGCCACAGCCCCACCAGGCUUUAGUUCUUUUGCAGAGAUGGAGGGGUAGAUGGGCAGCCUCCCUCCCUUCUGGCAGCGGCCCAGCUUCCCUGAGCUUCUGGGUGGUGCUGGGCUCACCGAGACGGCGCUGGAGGAUGCUCAGAUUCCCACCCCAAGCCCCACGCGGCUUCCGUCUCACACUCUGCUUCCUCUCACCUAUGGCUAACAUAAACCUUAUAGGAUCACAAUGAUUUUCCAAGCAUUUUACUGGUUUGUUAUCGUCACUGCAGCUCAGUCACAUCCCUACGUGUAUACUGUUAGUGGGGAACAUAUGUAUCCGUUAGAGCUAUUAAAGGAACCAAUGUACGCGACAGCUAAUCUUAAUAAACCAGAUGUUUCCCCAG